AUGGGAUCGUUCUCCCUACCUUCCGCUGGAGGCGUCGUUUCUUUGCUCAACGACCGUGCUCCGUCCGCGAUCAAACCCGAGCAGACCCAUCCGUCGUUCUCGGACCAUCACGAUCCGCGUUAUCAUCCCUCCCCCUCGAUUAUGUCCCAUUCGGCAUUCGAUUCCACCUCCUCGUCUACCGAAUCGCUCUUACGCAGUGGCGACCGCUCCACUGCCUCCACCUCCCCACCCACCUCGCUCGACUACUCGUACGACUCGCGUGCCCACAGGCACAAGGCGUACGCAGAACCCGUAAGGCUCCCGCGCAUCGAAGUGCCCGGCGAAUUCAGCGACCCGCUUCCCCCACGUGGACUGCAGGGGCACAAGGUGCUCCGCGGCAACCACAUCUCGUCGUCGCCCCAGGCGAUUGGCAUGCGCCCGGGCGAGCCGCUGCCUCCCUCGGCCACCGGCGUCUUUCCCCCCGGACAGUGGGACCGAUCGGGCGCCUACCUCGAUCCCAACGACUACAGCAGGCGCUCGUCUAGCUCGAGCUCGGACAGCACCUACCCCUACGACCGCAGCAUGCCCUACGGCGACGCCGCCGCUCACGCAGGCAUGCCAAAGCGAACCUCCAAGGAUGGUGGCUCCGGCGCCAUCACCAUCGGCGGCAAGAAGCGAUACCCUUGCCAGCACCCGGGCUGCGACAAGACCUUCUCCACCAGCGGCCAUGCCGCCCGCCACAACCGCAUCCACACCGGUCAGAAGCCCUACCGCUGCACCUUCCCCGGCUGCAAGGCGCGCUUCUCGCGCCAGGACAACAGCCUCCAGCACUACCGCACCCACAUCCUCCAUCCCAAGGGCCGCGCCAGCCAGUCGGCCCAGGCACGCGAUGCCGCCGCCCAGCUCGAACUCGACCACCUCGACCUUGACGCCGCCGACGCCGAAGCCGAGGCCAAGGCCGAGCUCGGCAGGCGCGCGCUCGAGGACGGCACCGCCAUCGCCGUCGUGCACGAAGUCAAGGACCAGCACGGCCGCAAGAAGGGCGAGACCAUCGAACGCAUGGUCGGCAUGCCGCGCUCGCGCCGCGAAUCGCUGCGUGGCCUCGACGACGAUGCGCGCUCCGCCUCGCCCUCGUCGAUGGACGAGCGCGUCAAGCGCGAGGCGAGUCUGCCCGGCGGGCCCGGCUUGCCGCUGGAUGCCGCCGCGUACGAAGCGCCCAACGACUACUGGUCUGCCCAGAUGGUCAAGCAGGGCCGACUGAGCUUGCCGCAUCAAGCAGCAGCGUACGACCCGAGGUACCGCGAGACGGUACCGCCGGCUCCUUACGGCCGCGAGAUGAAUGGCGCGUACGGUGGUGCGCCUGCGCCGCCGCCUCCGGCGUGGAGCCAGAGCCAGCCUGCGUAUCUGGACCCGCGCUUUGCGCCUGGCUAUGCGCGCACCGGCGUGUCCGUGAGCCCGCACCGCCGCGACGUGUACGAUCCGGCGCCGCGCAUCGGAUCGGCGUCGCUCGACCCGGAACUCGCCGGUGCGGUGGGCAGGCCCGACGAGAGGCAGUACGACUCGCCCGCCGAGUACCAUCGCCGCAGCGUUUCGACGAGCAGCAGCCGUGGCGGAGGCGUAUCAUCGCUGCCGCCGCCGCUGCCGGCAUCGCGCCCCAGCGCGGCGGCACAUGCAGCCUCGGCGCCCGUCUCGGUGGUGCCGUCGGCGCGCUCGUCGCAGAGCCCCAAGUCGAGCCCGACCUCGAGCGCCUACUCGGUGCCUGAAGGCAUUGCUGCAUCGGCGCUGGACAAGCUUGCGGGUGCCGCCACUGCGCCUGCAGCAGGUGCUGGCCUCGGCGCUCGGGGCAGGCUGAUGGCGCCUGCGUCGGCCGGCUACCAGCAUCCGUACAGCUCGGAUCGUUCGACCAACUACGGCGGCGCGUUGCCGCCCAUCUCUUCGGCGCGCGACCGCGGCGCGGACGACGAGCUGGACCGCAAAACGUCGAGCCUCAGGAGCGGCCUCGCUGCCGAUCCCAAAAACACGCUGCCCCCGCUCAACCCGCCGGCGAGGCGAUGGUGA